CACCGUUCUAUUUAACCAAGGCGCAGAUCUAGUUGUCUACAAUGGAUCCUCGCCCGAUGUUUUAUGAUGGGCCCGACCAUAUCCCAGAUAAUGCUACCAUCCGCCGUACUUCGCUGCCAGAGCUGGCCAGAUACCUCGUGGAAUUACGACAAUCAGAAGUGUCUUGGAAAGCAGUAGCAAAGUACAUCAAUGCGCAAAUCAAAUCUGGUGCUUUAUCACCCAUCGUCGCACAUGUAUUCCUUAAUGUCUAUAACGACUAUCAUUGCAUAGCCAGCUCUCUUCGCCAGGGUCGCUCAGCUUCUAUCCGGCGGGUGGCUAUGAAUUGUUUCAAGAAAAAGUGUCGAUAUGGAAACUUCCCACUGAUGUUCUCUGCCGUAGGUGGAGUGCCCGGACUGAUGGCCUUGAUGGCAACGAUGUCAGUGCGCGAAGUAGGCCAUUUUUGCCAUUGUCUUGGGGACUGCACGUCCAAGAGCAUACCAGUCGGCGUGCGUGAGUUCAACCUUACUGAGUUGCUUAAAGCGUUACGCAACGACAAUAGCGAUAGUCCCUACCAUAACCUAGAGAACCCCGACAAGAGACCUUUAGAUUUCUACUACAACAAGAUCCUUCCUGCAUGCGAGCCGUCUAUGAUCUUUGAGGAAAUCUCCAAGAACGGCGAAAUCCGGGAAAUCAAGAAAAUCACCAACCGCGCCACCAAAGAGGGCUACGUAGACAAUUUCAAUGCCGUUAUAUUCCCCGAGAAUGGGAUAAGUAGGAAGAUUACGCCCUACAAAUUCGUUCUCGACGGCAAUGAUGUCAAGUUUGCCCUCAGCGUUCUAGCGAUCUUGCCUCAUCAUCCCAAUUCGCUCAAAUUAAACGCAGAUAAUCUUAUCCAGGACCUCGCCCGUCCCCUAGCCAGGCGCCUUAAUAAUCGAAGAGAAGGAGAAGGCCUCCGAGAACUUUUCUACAGCUCACUUAUCGACUGCCUCGACGGAGAACCUAGCAUCGCGAAUAAGCUAGAUUAUUCAAUGAUAUCAUACGCCAUUAAAGCGUGGAGUCAUGCUCAUAAGUACCAAGAACGCAUGCAGCUACAUCUUGCGAUCUUAGUACGGCGCAUGACAAAUGAUUACCAAUGGACAUUGGAUAGGAUCGCGAAUGAGUUACAACAUAUUGUACCUAGGCUGCGGCCUACACUCUUAAGACUCUUACUUAGAAAUGCGAGUUUUUUCAAAGUGGAUAUCGACUUUACUUUUGUCGGAGAUCGUGUGGCUCUCGGAUCUCUGGGCAAAGCGUGGCCACCUAAGCUUUUCUACCUGCUCCCUAACGAUAUAUCACUUCGUCUUUUCGAGCUUCUAAGGGGAAUCCAUCCAGAUGGAAAAUUCAUCGCUAAGGGUUCCGGCAUAACAAAAGGCGUAGAUUAUACCAAUUGUGAUGAUGAGCAGUACGGCGAUCCAGACAUGAUUUUAGCUCUGCUGCAAUCGAGGCAGCGUUAUAAUGAACCCUAUGGCAUGAUACGGCCCAUAGAGACAUAG